AUGCGGGUCCGGGCCAUCUCGACCAUCUUUACCGUGUUGUCGGCUCUGUUCGUUGCAUUCCGCCUGUUCACACGUGUGAAGCUGGUUAAGAAAUGGGGAUACGAUGACUUGCUCAUCAUUGCCGCAUGGGUUUGCUCCGCUACCUUUUUCGCCUUUAUAAUUGUCGAGCGACACUACGGCCUUGGGCAGCAUAAAGCAUCACUUCCUCCCCAUCUCAUCCAAGCAGAGCUCUUUUACCUGUGGCUCUCCAUCCCUUUCUACAACCUCUCUCUCAUCCUUUCCAAGCUCUCAGCCCUCGUUUUUCUCACUUCCAUAUUCCGCAUCCGACACUUUCUCAUCACCGCAUACCUCAUCAUGGGCUUCCUGGUAGUUGCAGGGCUCUGGAUGGUCCUGAGCGGCUUCAUCUUCUGCGUACCCGUUCCCAUAUUCUGGAGCAUGAACAAGAGUCUCGUCGCUGCCCACUGUCUACCGAAAGCUCCAGUAUGGUUUACGAACGCCUCCAUACAAAUCGUCACAGAUAUCAUCAUCUUGAUUCUUCCGAUGCCAAUUGUAUCCAAGCUGCGAUUACCGAAACGGCAACGAGCGGGUAUCAUGAUCAUUUUUGGCGUUGGGAUCUGCGUUAUCGCAACGAGCUUAGCACGAGUCUAUGAAUUGAGCGUCAUGGUGCGCAGUCACGACUUUACAAAAACCAACGCCGAAGCCGCCGUCUGGUCUUGUCUCGAAGCAAACGUCUCUAUAAUCUGCGCCUGCCUCCCACCUCUACACACUCUAAUCUCACGAGUCUUCUCAUUCUGCUUCCGCCCACAACCAAUCAACGCAGCACCCGCUUCAAACACCAGACCGCACUCAAAUACAACGUUCCUCAUCUCUUCAGCCCGCAAACCCUCCAUCUACGACCAUCACCAUGAUGGCGUAUUCUACAAUGACACAUUCUACACCGGCCCAGUAGGAAGCUACACAGCUAGUAUCUCAAAGGUCAAUACGAAUGACGACGACCCCGAGAGCGGCGGAAGCGCCAACAGCAGAGAUGGUAUCCGUGUUGUCCGCGAGCUGCGCAUUGGAUCUGAUUCCGUCGCGCCGAGUCCAACACUCGCUCCGACUCUCGGUCCAACUUUGGGCUUGACUGGGACUAAUGAGCAUGAUUUUGAAUUGGAGCCCUGUGGCCCGUCUGUUGAGUGGGAUCUUGGUGAUUUCGAGUUUCCAGAUUAUAAGGAGCGGAUGAAUGCUCCGCUUUGA